ACGCUAACAAACAGUCAACCUGGCUCGGUCUUUUUUUCCUAAGCCUGCACUGGCAAUACGAAAGGCCAAACGGGCCCUUCCUUAAAUCCAUCCUCAUCUGUUAGUAAAACAGCCAAAAUGUCGGGAGGUACUGAACAACUGCGUCUUCAAGGUACCCUUAAAGGGCACAGCGACUGGGUUACCCAGAUUGCUACAACUCCGAUGGUUCCUGACAUGAUUUUGUCAUCGUCCCGAGACAAGACUGUGAUCGUCUGGGACUUGCCACGUAACGAGACCAGCUAUGGAACACCCAGGAAAAGUUUGACUGGACACAUCCACUUCGUGUCUGAUGUUGUCAUGUCAUCCGAUGGUCAGUUUGCCCUGACCGGUUCCUGGGACAAGACCCUGCGAUUGUGGGAUAUCAAUACCGGCAAGACUACACGUACGUUUGUCGGUCACAAGAAGGAUGUCCUCAGUGUUGCCUUCUCUGCUGACAACCGUCAGAUCGUAUCUGGCUCAAGGGACCGCACCAUCAAGCUCUGGAACACCCUUGGAGUGUGCAAGUACACCAUCCAGGACGACUGCCACUCUGAAUGGGUUUCCUGUGUGAGGUUCUCACCUAACGCACAGAACCCUAUCAUCGUCUCCGGCGGAUGGGACAAGGUCGUCAAGGUAUGGAACCUUACCAACUGCCGUCUGAAGACCAACCAUUUCGGACAUCAUUGCUUCCUGAACUGCGUGACUGUAUCACCAGAUGGUUCCCUCUGUGCAUCAGGUGGCAAGGACGGUCUGUCCAUGCUGUGGGAUUUGAACGAGGGCAAGCAUCUAUACACCCUGGACAGCCAAGAAGGUAUCAAUGCCCUCUGCUUCAGCCCCAACAGGUACUGGCUCUGUGCCGCUGCUGGACCCACCAUCAAGAUCUGGGAUCUGGAGACCAAGUCCACCGUGGACGAGCUACGUCCCGAGGUCGUUGGAAACUCAAACCGCAAGACGGAAUGCAUAAGCUUGGCCUGGUCAGCUGACGGUCAGACACUCUUCGCUGGAUACACCGACAACCUGAUCCGCGUCUGGCAGGUCUCCAUUGCAAGCUCAUAGACAAAGUGUUACAAACUUUUUAAAGAUUCCCCCCUUGUAAGACCCUUGGGGCACAUUGGGUACAUCGUUGGCUGCCUGCAAGAAGGCCGAGAGAGCUACGUGUUUUCAGUGGCAGGAAUGGCCUUAUUGCAGGCAGCUGACAUAUGAAUCAUUCCCUUUCAUGCAGUAUUAAUCAUAGGAUUAAAGGACUGGAUUGUAUCAAUUGAAAGGGAUUGGUGCACAAUUACCCGAUGUGUCCAGGAGUUUUACAAGAGCAUAUCUCCACAAGUAAAUUAUGUUAUCAUCAUCACAAACCUAAGGAAGCUAGACUGCUUAUAAUCAUCACAGUGAAAUAUAAGAUUUUUAGCCAUGCCCUGGACGAGGGGGGUCACGUAAUUUGCAUAUUCCCAGUUCACAAGCCCUUGCAACGUAUCAUGUCCAAUAUUUUAGCGAUCCGCAACAUAGAGAAUUAAUUUAUCAUGCUAUAUCGAUGAUAAAGUUCACAUCGAAGGCCAGCUUUCCUAAUUUUUUGUGCAUUGUGUUGGGCAGAAUAACGUUAAAAUAACAUUUUGAAGCUGAACGUUGGCUAUGCCUGCUUGGCUGUUUUUACCGACACAUGUUAUUUUGAGGCAAAUGAUGUAUAGUGCAUUGUACAAUUCCGAAAAUCUUGUGUCAAAGUCGUCAGAGAAAUAAACGAGGAAUGAUUCCUUGAAAACAUA